AUGCACCGGUUGCAAGGGACCGACAUGCGUCGAGACUCAGAUCCCAAUGUGCUCGGUGAGAUGGAGAGGAACGGAAUCGAUGCUACAGAAGUACUCAGCCACUCGUAUCCAGAACACGAUGAGUACCACGGCUCCGGCUGCGAAUAUGACACAACGUUCGAGAACGAGCAGGGAGACACCGACAUGUCCCCGGAGGACCAUUUACAAGCCAUAAGGGAUCUCCACUAUGUCCAGGUAGAGGAGGAAAACAGUCCAGAAGAUUAUACCGAUGGUCCAGCUCGCCUGGUGCUUGCUACCGAUGGCCUCAAAAACUGUCCAUCGCUCCUCCUGACCUUCGACUUGGGACUGAAAAUCAUCCGGGCUAGCGAGCUCCAGCGAAGAUACUCCCGAGAGGCAAGGCACACUGACUCGCAGAUCCGCAAGAUCAAGCAGUUUGAAAUGAAACUGAAACGAGAAAUCCAGAGCCACCGAACUAGGAUCAGCAUGGCGGAAGCGCAAGAAGAGAAAGCGCAAGAGCAAGACUCGAUCAAUCCCACAAAGUCUUCGCUGCAAACAGAAUUGCAUGUGCUCGAAGGUAUGCUGCAAGGCGCCGGGAUCAGAAAGCAGGAGCUCACUGUUGGCUUGACUUUUCGUGGUACACUACUGCGAGAAGCCCAAGCAGAGGUUACGGCCUACCUCGAUGAAGCGUUUGUGGCUGGCAAUCUUCUGGCCACAGAUACUGAGGAAGAGCUUCCCGUGGAGGACUUCGACCUUCAAGAAGAAUACCAAAAAGCAUACCAAGAAGAGUUCGGAGACGCGGACUCGACUGAUGGAGUCGAGGUCCAGCCAUUACUCGACACCAGCAGAGACUACCUCCACGUGGAUGUCGUGCCACCAACCGCAGAGGAACAGGCCGAGAUCGAUAUAAGGGCCGCACUGCAAGAGACCAGCGAGCGACUGGCUGCUGCUGAAGAAGCAUUUGACUUCAAAGAUUACGAGCGUACCCAAGACCGGCAAAUCGUUGAGGUGGCCUGGCAGACUGGCCAGCCUACAGAGGACGCUAACCGGGAAGACUUCGACUUGAGAUGGUACCAGCGUUUCCAAGCCAUCACUCGAGAAUUCAUCGAAGCCGAAGAGGCGUAUCGCGAAGCACGAAACGCAGCACUCGAAGCGGGUCUCGAUCAGGACACCUUGUCAAACCAUCAGGAAGAAUAUUUCAACGACCUGGCUUCGGACGGAAUGUGCGACUCUGAGGCAGGCCAUGACGGGACCUUUUGGGAACAUUUCGCUUCGAAUUGCAAGCAGGACAAGAAGGUCAUCGGAUGGCUGGAUAGCCUUCCAGACCAUUUCGACGGCCAUGAUUCGGCGCCAUCAGAGCCAGAUUCUGUGCCCGACCAGCUGGAAGAAGUCGAAGCUUGGGAAAGCGGCAGUGCCAUCGCUGGUCGUCCGCUCGAACGCAAGCUAAUCGAUCGACGGCAAAUGGAGAUCGACUGGCAACACCGUAUUCGAGGGCUGUGGGAUCGCCAGACAAUCGGCUGGUGGGCACGCAUCCGAGCGGUGGUGGACGCGCUGGCGAGCUGAACGAUUCGUGGGUUGCAUCGGGUACAGGAGCGUCUUGCGGCUCGUUUCCAUAGUUCAUAGUUGGUGGUAACAAAGCAAAAAGAACACGUCUUUGGCUUCAAAAAUCUUGUCAGCGUCCUCUUUUUCUUUUCCUUCCCUUUGUUCGUGUGCACGCUGCUGAUGAUCGACGCGUCGUUUCACCAAGCUAUACGCGUCAUGAGCUGUCGAAUAUCAUGACCGUUGAAGGAACACUCGCACGCCAGUGGGUGUCGAGCCCCACUCAAGUUCGUCCAUCUGACAUGAUAAUGUGUUUGACGGCCACCAAUGCGGUGAUAUAGAAGAGAAGAUGUCAG